AUGCUUAGAGAUUAUUCUUAUCCAGUAGCAGCUUGGGGUCAGUGCGUUGUAGCAGCUUGGGGUCAGUGCGUUGUAGCAGCUUGGGGUCAGUACGUUGUAGCAGCUUGGGGUCAGUGCGUUGUAGCAGCUUGGGGUCAGUACGUUGUAGCAGCUUGGGGUCAGUGCGUUGUAGCAGCUUGGGGUCAGUACGUUGUAGCAGCUUGGGGUCAGUGCGUUGUAGCAGCUUGGGGUCAGUACGUUGUAGCAGCUUGGGGUCAGUGCGUUGUAGCAGCUUGGGGUCAGUACGUUGUAGCAGCUUGGGGUCAGUGCGUUGUAGCAGCUUGGGGUCAGUACGUUGUAGCAGCUUGGGGUCAGUGCGCUGUAGCAGCUUGGGGUCAGUGCGUUGUAGCAGCGUUGUAG